AUGGCGACAAGAAGCUCGACUUGUCCGAGAGGCUCCUCGGCGUCUCCUGCUUCUCCGCCUGCUCGCCUUCAGCUGCGGCUCGUGGCUGCUCUGUUGCUGCUGCACGCCAUUCUGGUACCAACGGGUUCCUUGAAAGCUCAAUCGGAAGAUCAGCAGAAACUCUUGGUGAAUGUGGAGCCGAUGGAUCAACAAGACGACAUUCUAAAAUACAGCAGCUCCACUGGUCUGGACUACACAGAGAAGAUAUCUCUUGACAUUGAGAAUGAUCCUCCGUUGGGUUUGAAGAACAUGAUUAAGUUUCUGAAGAACGGAGAUGAAAGGAUCAUCAAAACAAGGUUGACGCGAGCGGCGAGGGGCAAGCAGCACAUGUUUGUCAGAAAAGGAACCUCUCUGAUACAAUCAAUCACUUCUCUGCUCAAACACUCAGACGUACAAGUACGGAGAAGCGCUGCCGAGGCAAUUCAUUUGCUCUCUCUGGACAACCCAGCAAUAAGUGAGAUGAUCGGCUUGCAAUCAUGGGCGCCCGAGGGAUGCGGCAUGAAAGAACUCCUCGACAUGAUUUCACGAUCCUCUGCCGCAAAUGCGUCACAGGACGAGUUGGCUGCGGGUGAACAAGCUGCGAAGACUGUGUGGACUUUAAUCACAAACAGCAGGGAUAACCUUGAGUCGGCGCAUCACCAUAACGCAGUGAAAACAAUAUCAUAUGUGUUAAUGGGUACAUGUACACCUCUCCUGAAGAUGUGGUCUGCUGCUUGCCUGCAAAAACUUGUUCUUGAUGUCUACAACUCGUUCGAUGGUUCAUAUACCUCAAGCGCACGCAAAGUACAAGAUAACGCCAAGAAUCAGAGUGAGAUUGCAUGCCAGCAACUUCAACGUCCGUCGGAGGAGGUCAACCAAGACUUGUCUCAGCGCGUCUGUGCCUGGGCGGCGGUUGGGGCUGUAGGAUCGCUGGCGAUAAGCGAGGAGAAUCAGCAGCCAAUUCUCUCUGUCGGAUUUAAACAACUUCUCUGCAAGAUUCAGCAAAGCUCCUGCGAUCUCGAGAAACGAGAAGCGACAAGAUCUCUUGAGAUCUUGGAUGAGACAUGUACAGAACAAGAAUCAGAAGAACUUGAGGAGGAAAAUCAAGUGAAAGCUGAAGGAAUAGCCGAUAGUAAUGAUCCGAAAGAGCUUUGA